CUAACUUGUGUUAUCUGAAUGCUCUCACCCUCAGGUCAUAAGCUUCACACCAGAGACAGUCGCUGCCUUUAUCGCUGUCGUGGGGAUCCUCUCAAUAAUAGCCCAGACGGUGGUGUUGGGGGUCCUGAUGCGCUCCAUCGGGAACAAGAACACCAUCCUGCUGGGCCUGGGCUUCCAGAUCCUCCAGCUGGCGUGGUACGGCUUCGGCUCUCAGCCCUGGAUGAUGUGGGCUGCUGGAGCGGUGGCAGCCAUGUCGAGCAUCACCUUCCCCGCCAUCAGCGCCAUCGUGUCCCGCAACGCAGACCCCGACCAACAAGGAGUUGUCCAGGGGAUGAUUACUGGAAUCCGGGGCCUCUGUAACGGUUUGGGCCCCGCUCUUUACGGUUUUGUCUUCUACCUGUUCCACGUGGAGCUGACGGACCCAGACGGAACCGAGAAAGGUGGCAAACCAAACAUGGCCAACCCCACUGAUGAGAGUUCCAUCAUCCCAGGCCCCCCCUUCCUGUUUGGUGCGUGCUCCGUGCUGCUGUCCCUGCUGGUGGCGCUGUUCAUCCCGGAGCACACGGGGCCCGGCGGGAGGCCCGGGGCCUACAAGAAGCACAGCAACGGGGCCCAGAGUCACUCCCACAGCCCCCAGGGCAGCGGGGCCGAGGGCAAGGAGCCGCUGCUGGAGGACAGCAGCGUAUAACCACAUCUCCGGGGGGCAGAAAGCUCCAACCAACCAAACACACACACGGACUGAUACACACAUUUCACCACAUGGACACACACUCACCUCAGGCACACAUCAGACUCAAGUGCCACCAAGAGGUGUUUGUGUCCACGGCACAAAAAGUGGGCACCCCUAACUUAGUGGCCCUUUUCUUUCUUUCUUUUUUAAAGCAGGGUAUAGGGAAGACUCUCAAAGCGCCCCGUUAUAAAGAAAGAGAGUGCGUUGAGGAUCAUUUGCUUUGGGCUGCAGUGGAAAGGUGUGUGACCCGGUUGAGCUGGACUCUUAUCCUUGGUUUCUAUUAAAGCAGUGACAGAGAGCGAACAACAGCUUGCACCCCCCCUUCUCCUGGUGCAAAACCAACCAGGGUGUUUUUGUUUUGGUCAAACGUUACUAAAUCCCUGUGUGAUAAUUCAUGUUCCUCUGAAGCCAGUGAAGUGGCAACUUUGCUUGUCCAACGAGGGUUUAACAAACAGAUCGUUGAGCACUUGUCUAAGCUAACCUCUGAUUGGAUGCUUGUGAUGCAGCUCUGUUAAAGUCUCUGGAGAAGUGAACUCAGAUCUUACUCUGAAUGCACAGCAGAAACCUGCGAGGGGAGUCUCUGUUGGAGAGCGCUGCCUAAUCAAGGUCAGGAUGGGUCAACCAGUUCCGAUAUAAAAAGCUUCGUAAGACCACACUUUGUCGCAACAUCCCACUUCUUACAGAGAGAGGUGGGAGAGAGACUACUUUAUUAGCAGAAACUGUUUCUUAAUGUUUACUUGCCAUUCUCUAGAUUAGUAGUACAGUUUGGGUUGUAUAUUUUCUCCGUUAGAAACUGAAGGCUAGUUGUGCUUCAAGUUUUUAUUCAAGAAACAAAUGUUGCCUCGAAGUGACUUAAUAUAUAUAUAUAAAUAUAUAUAUUAAUUAUGUAACCUGUAUGAAGACCGAGGUCUGAGAAGGCUCUGUAAUCUUUACGCUAUCGCUCCCAUCGGAGCCGUUACACACUUUUUAUUCCUCCUGUUUUCAAGCCCACGUUAAUUUGUUUCCGGACAUUUAUCACCAUCAUGGUCAAGGCUUACAAAAAAACUGGUUUUUUAAUUUCAUAAGCUUCUGGAACAUUUGUAGCUAGAGAGGAGUCGCUAUCAGGAUACAGAGUCUUUGAAUUCAUAUCAUUAGGUUGAACAGAAUAUCACUCGUGCUGCUGCAGUAGAUCAUUCAAAGGUUAAGUGUGAUGUAAUGAGCAAUGAAACGGUUUCACAGAACCCCUGGCGCUUAAUGUAAUCUUCAUACAGUCAACAGGCACUGCAUAUUUCCCAAAUUGUAAUUAACAGAUGGUAGACAUUUCAGAUGUGAAGCAUCUCAAGGAACUGGCUUUUAACUCGCAAUUGUGUAGGCAUCCGAUUCUCCACAAAAGGAGCGGUUUGGUUAUUGUCAGACCGGUGUGUGCACUUUAACCCGCACCACCUUUAGGAAAACAAAUUUGUAGCCAAACAAAUAAUUGUUGCCCCCCUACAGGCUAGGAAGGAAACAGCUGCUUAGAGUUUAGCAGAUGUGACCGCUGCAGGUGGUUUUAAAAUAUCCACCAAAAAACAUGCUAACUGAAAAACUCAAACUAUUCCAUCAUAAAGUGUCUCGAGGAUCAAGUUCCAAUGUAUUCAUUCAUAAAAACAUGGAAAUAACAGUGUUCACAUCCUAGUAAACCAAAGCAAAUAUAGAAAAUAAAUUCCCAUGAGUUUAAAACAACACAAAACAACCUUUCAAACAGAAUGAAAAAAAAAAACAGAAUUAGAAUAUGAGUUUUGAUCCUGCCUCCUACCCCCUAGUAUACAUUCAAAUUAAGCAGCCUGUGAUUUUGAAUCCAUUCCUUGGUCGACGCCUCACCCUUAAACAGGUUUUAGUCAAAUCGAGCCAGUGGUUUUUGCACAUCGGCAUAUCUGUCAGCUGUUACCUUUCCAGCCAAUAGGUGGCUCAGGUUCAACAUGACCCUCAGAAACUGUUGCAGCUCCAUGAUCCAAUGAUUUAGAUCUACACCUAUUUUGGGGUGUUUCAUCAGUGACACUGUGAUCCCUUUUGUUCACAAACUGCACGAGAAAAUGAUCCUAGAAGUUCAUUUAUAAAUGCCUCGGGUGCAUUUAAAUCAAAGCCUGACACGGACUCGAAGCUAAGUGGGUGUGACGCUGUCUAACAUCUAUCUGAAGAGAAAUGUUCGUCUUAUAUUUUGUGCCAAAUGUUUUAUUUUUCUUGGUUUGCUUUUUCAUACAGUGUGUGUGUGUGUGUACGUGUGCUUGCUCACUUGAGUGAUUUGAAUAUUUUCUUUUGUGUGUCUUAAUUUCUUUGGCUGAAGAUUUAAGUUUUAGUGCUCAAACUUCAUCUGAUCAUUUUUAGGAAUCUUUUGGUUAGAUGGUUAAUCUGUUCAGUUUCAAUCUUCAAUUAACAACAAGCAUUUCACUGUGUGUAGUUACAUUUGAUAUUAGUCCCAGAUUGAUCAGUAGAUAACAAGUCACUGAAUGUUUGAAGCCAAGUUGUACAUGUUGACCACACUAUACCCUCAACAUUUUGACUUAACCUGUCCUAGUUUUUAUUAUUUCAGAAGGGGAGUUACUAGACAGGAGGCCAUCGGUGUCGAUUUAUUCUCUAAAUAUCAUAUAGUUCUUUAUCAUUUAUUGGACCAACACAUUGGUAAACAAUUCAGAUCCUACACAAAUUGGUAAGAUUCUGCACCAGCCCAUGUGCACCCGUACAUUUUCCAAGCAGAAGACUGUAAAUGUACAAACGUCACCUGUACGUACAGCUAAUGUAUAUAUCUAUCGCUCAAGGAGACGGCCACCUCUUGGUCUAUUUGGUUGUAUGGUGCAAUUAUUAUUCUAUAUUUCUCAAGAUUUACCUGCUAGCCACUCCUGUUUUUAGUACGAUGUGGUUUGUGGCCUGAACCCCCCUCUCUGUGUGCCUAAAAUUAGCCAAGAAAUGAGUAUGGCAACAUAAGUAAAUGGUGGUUAUUAUGUAAAUAUGGGAAACUAAUGACAAACUAUUUAUUAAAGGUUUAUUGUACAAUGAAA